AUGAAGCUGUUCGUGUGCUUGACGAUGUGUUUCAGCCUGGUUCUUGGUGAUCCGGGUGUUAUAGGGCCGCAAGAUGCGCGAAAGGUGCGUAACCCUGCUAGUGGGCCGACGAGCUACAACACCAUAUCACCGCCGGACAGUGAAACGUUAAGCAAGCUGCAAAAUCAAGUGGCACCGACGGUUCAAAUACCCAGCAAAUCGCUGACCACGGCUAAAGCACCGGAAGUUGCAUCGCCAUUCCACACCGUUGCCCCGCCGAGUGUAGUGCCGUCGCCGUAUCUGCGGCAGCCUGCGCCAGCAAUCGCUCCUGUUUCCGCGCCAGGACAAUACUAUCUGGCCAUGGUUCCGCAGCCGGGUGGCAAUCAUAUGCUGCAGCCUGCAACGACACCACUGAUCAUGCAGUACAUUAACCCUCAGGGACAGCCUACCGGAGGGCUGCAGUACAUACAGCUGCUACGCCCGGUAGUGUAUCCGUACGCGCCCAACCAGCAGUAUCACGCCGCGUAUCAACAGUAUCCGGGUUAUCUGCACCAAUCACCCGCGUCACUUGCCAAUUCGCCGCAUGUCGGUCCCGUCCCGCCGACACCGUACAACGUGUCGCCAACGCCACCACCAGCCACCUCCACCACACAGCCCGGAUUUGUUCCGUUCCAGCCGGCCACACAGUACGCUACCGUGAGCCAUGGACAACCUCCACAACCGCAAGCGUACAGCAAUGGUCCGGUCGGGCAAUAUUCCAGCCCCGUUCUUUCGUACUACCCGCAUCGGUUUCUUAUCAACCCGUCGGAAUUGAAUUUCAACACGAAUGAAUAUGUGCCAUCGCCCGGUGAUGGUGUGUACCUCAAGGGCGUAAAGAGUAUCCGGGCGUAA